GCCGCCAAGACCUUCUUCCAGCUGUCUUGUGGGUCCAAAAAAUCGGACAGUUGACGCAGUGUGCCAUGCUGGAGGCUCCGGACAAAUGUCGUUGAUGAUAUUUCUUGACUCAUCCUAAAUUAUUGAAUAUAGACACAUAACUCCCGGGACGUCCUGAAAUCGGAAUGGAGGAAGAGGCGAAGAGCGACUCCGAUUCAGAGCCGUGCUUUAUGUCUGAUCACGAAGGCUUCUUUGGUAGCAUCAAAAACUCAACCAGAGACUUUGCAGUGACUGAAAUAAAUAUCAGUGGUCAGUUAGUAACCGAAACGACUUUGGUGGAUAAUGUCUCCUCACAGCUGUACGAUAGCAGCGGGCAGAUGUGUCCUGGUGGCGAGUUAAAGAUCGAGGGAAACUUAACACCGUUAACUACAGAGGACGUCAAAGUAAAGACGGAUUGCAUACCAGAGGAACUUUGCUGCGCCGCGGUAGAGUGUCAUAACGUGGACACCGCCGCAGGAGAAUGUGAAGAGGCUUUUGAUCUGGAGGCAGUUUUGGGUCCGGCUGCGAACGAAGCACUGGAGCGGUUUGCAACGUCAGUGCGCGACGCACCCCGAAGGGACAGCAUCGCGGACAGGACAGAACUAUUCCUGGGCGCGUUUGCGGAGAAGCACCAGAGAGCCUCCGUGCAUCGCGCCGUACGCCAUUUAUUCCCGUUCUUAGUGACCCUGACGAACAAGACCGAGGUUCUCGUGAAGGAGGACCCCGAUUAUCGAGAGCUGGCAAGCCUGGUUUCAGAGGAGGAGGCUGAAGAUUUCUUUCGGUUCAUUGACGCCAAAGUCCCCAAUGCGUCGUUCACGUUCGCACAGGACGAUAGCAAAGAGCACAGGAAGGCGGUGCAUCAUUUUGUCAGCAAACGUUUCGGUAAGCUGGUGGAAACCAAGAGCUUCAGCGACGUCUCUGGUCCUGGAUUGCAGAAAACUGCGAUCACUGUCCGGUUCAGAGCCAGAUCAAAACCAGCCAAGAAGAGGACGGCUGCCGAUUGUCAGGAAGAGAGUGUGAUUUACACAGGAUUUACUCUGCGGAAGGAGAACCUGGAGACGCUGGAGGCCAUCAGCUACAUGGCCGCCAUGCUGGGCGUGCUCCCGUCCGACUUCACCUACGCCGGCAUCAAGGACAAACGGGCCCUCACUCACCAGUCCAUGGUGGUGAAGAAGAUCUCCCCGGAGCGGCUGUUGCAGAGGAGGCCAGAGUUUGAGAAGAAGGGGAUCCAGCUCUCUCACGUCCGCCCGGUCUCCCAGCCCCUCCACCUGGGGAGGCUGAGGGGGAACCGGUUCCAGCUGGUCGUCCGGGACCUCCGGCCCCACACUCCCGACUCCACCGCCGACCUGCCACGCCUCGUCCAGGAAGCUCUGGACAACGUCAAGGUGAAAGGCUUCGUGAAUCUGUAUGGACCCCAGAGGUUUGGUGCAGGGCAGAGGGUGAAGACUGACCAGGUUGGGCUGGCUCUUCUCAAAGAGGAAAUGGUGGAAGCUGUGCAGCUGUUCUUCACCCCGGAUGAAGGGGACGACCUCCAGAACCGAGCCAAGAAACACUUCCUCCAGACAGGCAGUGCCAGAGAGAGCCUGGCCCUGAUGCCGGAGCAGCGGGUUCGGGAGAGGCUGAUGCUCCGCGCGUUGCACCGUUACGGGACGGGCCGGGAGGGGUGCGUGCGCGCCUGGCUCAGCCUCCCGCACGGGGUGCGGAUCUUCUACAUCCACGCCUACUGCAGUCGCGUGUGGAACCAGGCAACCGCCUACCGGCUCCUCUGCCUGGGCCACGGGCCCUCGGCCCUGCGGGGAGACCUGGUCUGGGCCCCGGGGGAGAGGGGCCAGGGCGAGGGGCAGACUCCCCAGCAGAUUCACGUUGUGACAGCCGAAGAAGAGGCGGGCUGUGUGUUCUCCCUCCGUCAGGUGGUUCUGCCCAUGCCGGGGAACAGCGUGACGUACCCUGAGAACGCGGUGGGGCCGUGGUACCGGGCCCGGCUGGAGAAGGACGGCUUGCAGAGCUGCAGGUUUCGGGUCACGUCUCUGAAACUGAACGUGCCGGGCUGCUACCGCCCCCUGCUGGCGUUCCCCCGGAACCUCACACACAGGCUGCAGGGGCUUCCUGGCGGCAGUCCUGAGGAGCACGAGGCCCCUCUGGCGCCCCCCUCUGGACCCAGUCUGGCACUGUUGUUCGAUCUGGACUCCUCCUGCUACGCCACCGUCUGUCUCCGCGAAGUCAUGAAGUGUGACCCGUGAGGGGGGCUAGUAAAACGGUAUCGACCCUUUCCGACGGGUUCCCUGGUGUUCCUUUCCCAGUCUUUCUGAACCACAGCUCAGAACGGCAGAGGUCCACGAACGCGUGGAAGGAUGUGUCAGGCAGUGAAGUGUGUGUUAAUUUCACAGAAAAUGUCUCGUUUUACUUUUGAUGCCUGUGGAAAUGUCCAAAUAUUAUGUUUCUUGGGAUGGCAAAGUGGAAUUAUACAAUUUACAUUA